AGAACACAUUACAGUUGAAGAAUGGCGACUAAAACAAUUUUAGGAAGCGAGUAAGUCAAACACUUUUCAAGACGUCUUUCUAUUCUUCAAAAAACAAUCAAUGUCCUAAGCUCUGUCGGCGCAUCGAUCUAUCCUGGUAUCCGGUACGCAUUCCAUAGCUGUGGGGUUCAUUGAGUUGCACUCCUUUGGCGAUAGCUCGCCGUGUUUUGCGACAGCGCGUACUGCACUCGCGUGCACCCUCUCCCUGUAGGAGUAACUAACUUGUCGAGAACGACGAGCGAUCUUCACAUCGCAAGGGCGUUGGUUUCAAGUCUUCGGCUUCGACUCGUUCAAUUGUGACCAAGAAAUCAUCGCGGUUGACAUCUCAGACGAGUGCCCUUACGUUCCAGCCGAUCCUUUAAGACUGGCGCUUACCCCCUUGUAACCCUACAGUUUAGUUCCCCCUGACACAAACCUGGAACAACUAAGUGCCUGAUGUUGAAAUGCAAUGUAGCUGAUGUGUAAAUACGACCCAAACUGAAGACAUUUCUCUCUAAUCUUCUUCUUCAUCCUGGAGCGACGACGUGGCAAUCAAGUCAAGAUGGACGACUCUAUCUCUAUCAUCAGUUGGCGUCUCGUGGGACGUCGCGGCAGGAAAGGCGUCCGAUUUUACCGUGUGCGUUGGGUGCCGUCCGACGUUGUAUCGCUGUCUGGUGCAGCAGUGGGAGCUGCGCUUUUGAGCUCUUCGACGUCCUCCAUGGCUGUACAGGGGCAAGUCACGCAUGAGGUUACGCAUUACGGCGCAACUGACAUCCAAGAAGACGAAGACACGGCACCCGGCACCCCGCACCCGGCACCCGGCACCCGGCACCCGGCACCCGGCCCUGUCACCACAUCCACGGACGCUCCGGUGUCAUUUGUUUUAAGGACUGGCGAAUGACCUUUCUCUACGCAUAUCUCCUGCUUUUUCAAGGUGGAGUGUCACAUUAGGUAUACGCGAUAGACAGGCCAACGAAUUAUCAAGCAACCUCUAACUUUUGAGGAGCAGGUGAAGCCGUGGUGGAAAAGUACUGCAGAUCUUAAGCAAGAGCUCGCUUCAUUUGGAGAACAGCAGCAUGCUUCUAACGGCAAAAUGGAGAAAGCAAUUACAGAGGUUAAGGAAGAGCUCGUCUUAUUUCGACAACAGCAAGGCGUUUUUAACGGCAAAAUGUUGAAACUGAUGCAAAAGAGCGAACGCGCGCCAGUGGUCGAUAUGGCGCUGAGGUGACGGCGUGACUGAAUGAGGCCGUGAAAGAGUAGAGAAUAGAGAUCAGGACCAUCUGAAAUGGCUAGCGGUCGACAAGUGACAGCAAAUAUUGUCAACCGCAAGAAGAUUGAUCUGGAGCAAAGCUGCAAAGAUCCGCGUAGUUGCGUUGCUUCUGUUCUGCUCUCAGACGUUCUAUUUUUUUACUGCAUUGAUUUGAUUGUGUUCGUUGAGCUUGCAUCUCUGCUCUUUCGCGGUCCCGGUCAGCGUGUAGCGCCGUGCGACCGCCUUUCAUGGCUGUGCGUGUUGUAGAACAUAAACAAGAAGAACUGCAUAUCAUGGCAGACAAGGUAGCUUUCUUGGGAUUCAACGACGAUGCUGAUGCCAAGAUUUUGCGCACGAAGCUACAAGGUGGAGUUCUUACCGAGGCUACAGUACACUGCGGACCUGCAUCGGCUAACCCAAGAAAAUGCGGCAUCAACUUUGAGCAGCCCUUUGGCUUUUCAAGUAGAGUACCAGACGAUCGCUAUAGCCAAUUACUUUUGCUGCUGAAGGAUCCGCUGAGUUGGGCAAAUCAACUCAAGCUUCUGGAAGCUCACUGGGAGGUACUGUUAGCAAGGGUAGGAAAGAGAGGUGUUGAGACUUGCUAGAUAGAUCAGAGGUAAUAUGAUUUUAUCUUUUGUCGUCCCCGCAAUGAGGCUAGCAAAAUUCUGUCGUCCCCGCAAUUAUCUUUCCAGGUCAUUGAGAGGAGCUUGUGCCCACAAGGAGAGCGCGACGAGUUGACUGGACCUAUUUCGAGUUUGACGCUAAAGGAUACUUCAGAAAGCACAAUAUCUUUUGGGAGCGGGUUUGACGGUGUCAGAAACAUGAUCGUCGAGUUGACUAAAAUCUCGGAGAGGCUGAAGCCUUUCGGGGCUACGGUCACCGUAGAGUGUGGGAGCAGCGGCAGCGCCCUACGGUCUGCGGAGCUGCAAUUGGAAUUUUCGAACGAGGACAACAUUUCCGUCCUGGUGGAGGACACGGCCAGAGAUGUUGAAGAAGGAUCUUCCGAGUUCGACCUAGGUCAGCAGAAACUGAAUCUACGGUUUUUUGACUUAACCGAGAACGAGCUGCCCGGUCCUUUUUUUGUCGGCGCUUUGGACCAGCAUGCAGCCGAGAGGACUCGUGAUCUUAUAUUACAAUUUGGACAGAGAGCACCUCCCCGUCUUGUGACGGUACUAGAAGGAAGUGGGCAGUCUACCGUCUUCAUCAUCCGUCUUGCACAACCUCCCUUGCUGAAUGAAAAUGACCCGCUCAGUAUGGGAAAGCAGCUUGAUUUUAUCGAAAAGAAUAGCGGGGUACUGGCUUACUUUAUCCACAGAAUGAAUCUGCUUUGAAGUGAAAAGAGUGAUACUCCUUUGUUUCUUUGAAGAGAGGCUGGCAAAUCAUUAACAGUAUCGUCACCAUACUGACUCUCAUCGCUUCGCAAUCAUUUUCCCAGGCUUUUUUGCGAGAAUUGUGCGUGUACGGCCGCACGGAUUCUGCUAUAAUAUUCGAGGAGAGCACGUACCACUACAGUAGCGCAGCACUCACUAACAGCUUGCCAUUCCAAAAGGUGGCCGCGGAGUUGAAAUCGGUCAUCGAGAAUGGCGCCUCUGAGGAAAAGGAGCUUACCGUAGAAUGCACAUUUAUGGAGAAAGUAGAAUUCCGGGUGAAAGAUGUAGAAAUCAAAAUGAAAUUUGAAGUCCAGUUUGAUACGGGUGCGGCAAUUGAAUCGAGUUCGCCACUGCAGGCGGAGCAAUCAGUCUCCGAAGAGGGGACGAUGAGCGAGGGGUCUGCCGAAACUGACAAUUCGAUCUCAUGAUGUAGUCGCGAUUAUAUGAGAUAAUGUUUCUGACCACCGCAUCUGAUAUGGCUAGCAAUCUCACUGUGAAAAGAAAGAGCUAAUAUUUAUAGUGAUGCAUUAUAGACGAUAGAGCACACAGGAAGUACCAGAAAACUGAAAGAGUUAUAGACUUGAGACCCAUGACAUUCCGCCUAAGCAGUGACCCUGGCUGUGCGCCUACCAUGUGUGUGUAGCGCCAUGCCUCUCCUGGAACUACAAACCUACUGCGGCUGAAGCCU